GUUCAUGGCGGUGUUGUUCCUUGCACCAAAAUGCAACACGAACGUUUUGCCGUGAAAUUUGUUAUAGCGAACAGUUGUUUCGCGCAACUGCCGGAUAUCUGGCUGCGUCGUCUGGAAACUAAGGAGAAUGUGAUUGAAAUAUUGCACAAUGGAAAGACAUAUUAUCUUUCUUGCAUCCCUUGCAUGAAUAUCGAUAAAACGCUAUGCAUUGGAGCGACUUUCGCAAAAACUUUAAACAUUCAAGAGGAGGAUGAAGUGUUCGUAUCCUCCGUGAAAAAUGUGCCUACGUUGAGUAGUAUUAAAAUUGCUCCUCGCACGACGACUGAUCUCGAACUUCUGGAAUUGCUAAAGGAUAAGGUGCAAUCGAAUCUUUUGAAUGAAGUGAGAAUUGUCGCGAAAGGACAGCCAGUCGUGGCGUGGAUCUCAAAAUUUUCUUCCGUGACUUUUAUUGUGGAUGAUUCAGAGCCGAAAUUUGCAUACGGCCUGCUCGAACAAUUCACAGAAGUGCAUGUGCUUGAUGCAAUUGCGAAUUCCAAAAUGGAAAGCGAAGAUCAGAAGGCCGCGACCAACGAAAGCAAUCCUUUGGCCAAAAUUUUGUCUUGCUUCACUAAAGAAAAGGAUGAUCGCUAUUCGAAGGACACUGCUGCAAACCAGGCAUUGCUGCAGAGUUUUCGGAAAAAAACCGCACCUUGCGUGUUUCGUGUAUAUCCUCUGCCAAAGUUCCGAUCCUUCGAUCAAUCAAACCCCUACGAUUUGAUUCCACGAUGUCCCUUUCACAUCCUGAUUCCAAGGAACCAUUUGCCGAAAGGCUCGCAAUGGACGAGUGGAAUAAUGUGUAAAAUAAAAAAAGUGCUGGAAAGUUGGAAGGACGCCAGCACAAAUGCAAGAGACGAAAUUCCCAAAAAUGUUUUGAGAGACGAUUCCUCUGACCCGAAAUCAAAGCUUGUGGCAAGGAUUUAUAUUCUUGAAGACAUUUUGGAGAAGUGUUCCGCGUCAGACAGAGAAUAUUUCGAUUUUAAUUCGAUUCAUUGCGCCGUAUAUGUAUCGAAUGAUGUAAGGAACUAUCUAGAAUUGAAAGCUGGAUGUAGAGUAAUCGUGGAGAUGAUUGAGGAGAGUGAACAGCCGAAACCAUCGUUGAUAGACAUUUUUCCGUCGAAUGAAUCGAUCACGGCAGAAGUGUUCAAAAGUUACGUGAAAAUUUAUUCGAAACACGAAGCAUUGCUGCUCAACUCGCACUCGAUGAUUUCACUGGACGACGACAACCGAUUUAUCAUAAAGAUGCUACCUGAGAAUUGCAAUUACGCAACGAUCGAUGGGAAGGACGUAAGAAAUUUGACCAUCGAUAUUCAUUCCCCCAUAAAUUUGAGCGAAGCGGAAGUUCUGGAGGGUCAUACGAAAAAAUCCUUAAAUCUGGAGAAAAUUUCCAGAAGAUGCAUGAAGGGUAUCCUUGACGAGUGCAGGAUCGCGCUCGACCUCAGCUUGGGUUUGCGGGGACGGAUGGAGUUUCUCUACGAUCGGGAGAACAUUUUGAUCUGUGGUGGCGUGGGCUCCGGCAAAACGACCGUCUACAAAAUGUUAAUCGAGCAUUAUUGCGAGGCGCCGUAUUUCGUGUACACGUUCGUGAUCAAUUGCAGGUCGCUGAGAGGCAAAAAAGUGGAAACGAUACAACCGCGCAUUAAGUCUGCGAUGAGUGAAUGCGCUUAUUAUCAGCCAUCUAUACUAUUUCUGGAUGAUUUGGAGAGCAUUACUAACGCGUCAUUAAAUGAUGAAGAAAACACGCCGGAGGUGAAAAAUGCUUCCAGAAUUACUGACAUGUUGAUCAAUACUGUUACGGAAUAUCAGAAAUCUCAUUACAUUUCAGUCGUCGCCACUUGCGAUGGCAUUAGCAAAAUCGGCUCAAAGCUGCGACCAGCGAAGGGAAUGCAAUUUUUUAGGACAGUUUUACAAAUUCCUAAUCUAGAAAAGGUGGAUAGAAUCGAUAUUUUGCGAUUAACGCUCGAGGACAAGUUGUGCGUGCCCGGAGACAUGAAUUGGAAUUACUAUGGAAACAAGACCGAGGGCUGGAUGCCUCAGGAUCUCGUUGAUCUGGCGGAAAAGGCGAAAUUCGUCGCGUGGAAGCGUCACGCUUCAUAUCAUUUGUCACCAGCAACGGAAAAAUCAAAACCACCGAUUGUUGUGACGGAUAAGGACAUCGAUACCGCAUUGAAGAAUUUCGUACCGAUGUCCCUGCACGGUGCGCAGUUGUACAAGAGCGGUGAACACUCCUGGUCCGAUAUCGGCGGCCUGGCCGAUACGAAGAAGUCUCUCAUGGAAAUUCUGCAGUGGCCACUCAAGUAUCCGGAGAUCUUCAAGAAUGCUCCAAUAAAGCUGCAAAGUGGUGUUCUAUUGUACGGAAUGCCCGGCACUGGCAAAACGAUGCUGGCCAAAGCGAUCGCCAGCGAAUGCGGCGUGAACCUUAUCAGUAUUAAGGGUCCGGAAUUAUUAUCAAAAUAUGUAGGCGCCAGUGAAGAGUCUGUGAGAAACGUGUUCGAAAGAGCUCGUCGUGCCAAGCCGUGCGUUCUGUUCUUUGAUGAAUUUGACAGCCUCGCGUCCAGGCGUGGAGAAGACAAUACGGGGGUUACUGAUCGAGUGGUGAACCAGCUGCUGACGCAACUCGACGGUGUUGAGGAUCGCGAGGGAGUGGCGAUCGUGGCAGCAUCCUCAAGACCAGACUUGCUGGAUCCCGCUAUUCUGAGACCAGGACGACUCGACAAGUAUUUACACUGUCCUUUGCCGAACGAGACUGACAGGGAGGCAAUCUUUGCGGUUUCAUGCAAUUCUCAAAAUAUAAAUCAGACAGAACUGGAUUUGAAGGAAUUGGUUCAGCUUUCUAAUGGAUUCACAGGGGCUGAUAUCAACGCGGCGAUUACUCUAGCGAGACUUUCGGCGUUUGAGACUGCUUUGGCUACUGCGGCGGACAAUAAGAUCGAUGCAGCCGAUAUCAAAGUUACGCAAACACAUCUGGUGGAAUCCGUCAAAUCCACGAAGCCAUCCUUGUCCACGGCGGAAAAGCUGAAAUACGAUAAGAUUACUUUUUCCAGUUAUGCCAGAUUUUCCAAGGGGGAGAACUUUACGGAGGAUUUGCGGAAAAAUCAAAGAGUAACACUAGCUUAAUUAGAGAAUCCUGGAUUUUUUUAAAAGGGUGCCAAUGUUUUUUCUAACGAGAAAUGUACUUUUGUAAUGAAAUCAAUAAAAUGUAAUAUAAAUUAGCAAAAAUACAA